AUGCCAGAGGAGGAGAGUCUGUUCAGGUCGGCGACCAUGUCGCUGAUCCAGCUCUACAUUCCUUCCGAGACUGCGCACGCUACUGUUCAGGAACUCGGAGAGCUGGGAAAUGUUAUGUUCAAGGAUCUCAACCCAGAUAUCUCGCCUUUCCAGCGCUCCUUUGUCACCGACAUCAGGCGGCUCGAUGAGAUGGAGAGGCGUAUCCGCUUCCUCUAUGCUCAGAUGGACAAGGAAGGUGUGCCCGUUCGGCCACUCGAAAGUGCGCUUCCCUUCAUCAGCCUCGGCUCGGGGUCUGAUGGUCGUCGCGGUCAUCAGCUCAUGGACGAGCUCUCAGUCAAGUUACGCGAGCAUGAGGAGCGACUCGGCCAAAUGAAUGGCUCCUACGAGACGCUGCAGAAGCGUUUGCAGGAACUCGAGGAGGCUAAGCAUGUUCUUCGCGAGACCGCUGUCUUCUUUGAUCAAGCAGAGGGUCGACAGGACGCCAACCGAGUUUCUCUCGACGAUGCCAAUGCGCCUCUCCUCGACGAUGUUGAGUCCCACGCUUUCAACAGCUCGCGAGGCGAAGAUAGCGGGUACGGCACUUUUGAUCUCGAGUUCGUCGCCGGCACCAUCGACCGCAGCAAGAUGGCAAUCUUUGAACGCAUUCUCUGGCGUGUUCUUCGCGGUAACCUCUACAUGAACUACGCCGAGAUCGACGAGGCUUUCGACGACCCCACCAAAGAGGAGCCUGUCCGCAAAAAUGUUUUCAUCAUUUUUGCUCACGGUUCUGAGCUACUCGCCAAGAUUCGCAAGAUCAGCGAGAGUAUGGGCGGUACGCUCUACCCGAUCGACAGCAAUGCUGAUCGUCGCGAGGAGAGCCUUCGCGAGGUUCUCAGCCGUAUCGAGGACCUCAACAACGUCCUUUACUCAACAAGCGCCACCCGCCGCACCGAACUCGUCAAGAUCGCUGAGGUGCUCAGCGGUUGGGAGGACGUCGUUCGCAAGGAGAAGCUCAUCUACUCGACGCUCAACAUGUUCCUCUUCGACAACCGACGCAAGACGCUUGUCGCUGAAGGUUGGUGCCCAUCCAGCGACCUCGGACAGAUCCAGCUUGCUCUUCGUCGCGCUAAUGAGAACGCCGGCACAAGUGCCCCUGCUGUGCUGCAAGAGCUUCGUACUAACAAGAUGCCGCCCACCUUCCAGCGUUCCAACAAGUACACCGAGGCAAUCCAGUCCGUCGGUGACAGCUACGGCAUUGCCAAGUACAAGGAAGUGAACCCUGGUCUGUUCAACCUCAUCCUCCUCCCGUUCUUGUUCGCCGUCAUGUUUGGCGAUGUCUUCCACGCCUUCCUCAUGACGCUGGCAGCGCUCACCAUGUGCGUCUUUGAGCGCAAGCUCGCCAAGGUUGACAACGAGAUCUUCACCAUGUUCUUCUACGGUCGCUACAUGAUGCUGCUCAUGGGCGUUUUCUCCAUGUUUACCGGUUUUCUUUACAACGAUAUCGGAAGCAAGAGCAUGCACCUCUUCCACACCGGCUGGGACUGGCCUCACCAAAACGGCACCAUUGAGGCUGUGUCCAACGGCAACGUCUACGCUAUCGGCAUCGACCCCACCUGGCACGGUGCAGAUAACGCGCUCGUCUUCACCAACUCACUCAAGAUGAAGAUGUCGGUCAUCCUCGGUGUCUUCCACAUGACGCUCGCCAUUCUUCUCAACGUGCCCAACUUCAUCCGCUUUGGUCAGAAGUGGAAGAUCUGGUCCGAGAUCGUGCCUCAGAUGCUGUUCAUGCAGUCACUCUUUGGCUACCUCGUCUUUGCCAUUGUAUACAAAUGGUCUAUUGACUGGUACGAGACCGAUGCCAACGGCACCGUCUUCCGCAACAACCCGCCUGGCUUGCUCAACAUGCUCAUCUACAUGUUCCUCAAGCCCGGCGAUGUCGAUCCCAAAACUGAGCUCUACUCGGGUCAAGCAUUUGUCCAGACGGUGCUACUGCUCAUCGCCUUCAUCUGUGUGCCUUGGAUGCUCAUCGUCACCCCAUACAUUGAGUGGAAGGAGCACCAGAAGACCAAGGGCCAAGGGUACCGCGCCAUCGGUCACGGUGACGGCUCGCGUCUCGGUGGUGACGAAGACGACGAGGAAGAUGCCGACGAGACGAGCCGUCUGGCUCAAACCCAGAGCAACGGCAACGGCAACGGCGGCAGUCACGGCGACGGCGAAAUGGAGGAGGAGCACGAGUUCAACAUUGGUGAGGUCGUCAUUCAUCAGGUCAUUCACACGAUCGAGUUCUGCCUCGGAUGCAUUUCCAACACGGCUUCGUAUUUGCGACUCUGGGCGCUGUCGCUCGCCCAUGCUCAGCUUUCCGAGGUGUUGUGGACCAUGACCAUCCAGAAUGUCUUUGGCAUGACGGGUGUCACGGGCGCCAUUGCCACCGUUCUCGCGUUCGGUCUCUGGUUCUGUCUCUCCAUCGCCAUUUUGUGCUGCAUGGAGGGCCUCAGUUCGCUGCUGCAUGCUAUUCGCCUCGCCUGGGUCGAAUUCGGAAGCAAGUUCUACCAGGCAGGCGGCUACCAAUUCGAGCCUCUCAAGUUCUAG